GAAACAAAAUGCAAUGUACUCUCUGGAGAAAAAGUGGAAGAAGCUGAACAACCCAGUGAUAUAGAAGAAGGAGGAUUAGAUCUCACUGUGUCACUCAAACCUGUCAGUUUCUACAUUGGGGACAAAAAGGAAAUGCUUCAACAGUGUUUCUGUGUCAUAGGGGAGAAGAAACUACAGAAGAUGCUGCCCGAUACUUUAAAGAACUGUUCCAUGGAUGAAAUCAAAAGGCUUUGCAUGGAGCAGUUGGAGCUGUUAUCUGAAAAAAAACUGUUGAAGAUACUUGAAGGCAAGAUUGGAGCUGAUUCUGAUACUGACGAGGAGGCAGAUGGAGGAGACAAGACUGGAGGUGAUUCAGUCAGUCAACAGGACAACAGUAUAGACUCAACUUCUUCUCUGAGAGAAGACAGCAAGCUGGAAGGUCAGGAGUCAAAGCAAGGCAAGGGAGAAGAUAGUGAUGUCCUCAGCAUAAAUGCAGAUGCAUAUGAUAGUGACAUAGAAGGCCCAUGCAAUGAAGAGGAUGGUCCAGAUGUGCAAGAGAGCACUGUCAGAAGUGGAGCUGGCCAGAUAGAUGACCUUCAGAAGGACAUUGAGAAGAGUGUGAAUGAGAUUCUGGGGUUGGCCGAGUCCAGCCCAAAGGAGCCCAAAGCAGCAGCCUUAGCUGUUCCUCCAUCAGAAGAUGUUCAGCCAUCAGCACAACAGCUGGAGCUUCUGGAACUUGAGAUGAGGGCCAGAGCUAUUAAGGCUCUGAUGAAAGCUGGUGAUGUAAAGAAACAUCCAUGAGACUAUUCAGAUUUCAUUUUCACUAUUUGUUUCGAAAAAGGUGAUGUCUGUUCUCUUCAGUGCUAUGUUUGGGUUGGGUGUGACAUUCCUCGUUCAGACUGUAUUGUGUAUCCUGACCUGUGGUUCAGUGGUUUUGUUGCCUUUAGUGUGCUGCUUCCAUGACAUUCACAAACAGUGGUUGAUGCUUCCCUGAGAUGAGAUGUCCUUGGGUUGGGUCACUUCCUCAGGGAGUCACACCACAUAUGGAGCUGUGCCAGGUAUCUGGUGCCUUCCAGAAAGGUUGUUGUAGAAACAUGGAAUCAUUGAAUGGUUACGGUAGGAAGAAAUUUGAGACUGCUUAAUUCUUUUUGGGGCCCAUCUCAUCAUAAUGUAGGUACUCUAAUUACAAUGUGAUGCUUUGUGUAAAAGUAUUCUCAGUUUUUAAAAUUUUAAUUCCUAAAGGGAAGGAUUUUUACCUUUCAAAUAAACAGUUGAACAUGUUAUUUUCAGAGUUAUGAAAGUGCCUGAAAGAGACAGAGCAGAGAUUAUUACACUGCCAUGUAGUUUUUGUCACUUUUCUCCACUCUUAUCUUUUGUAUUAUAACUGAAGAAAACACAGAGUUUCUUCCUAACUGGAAAGCUUUCCUUUUGAAUAUUUGGCAUAAUAUUUAAUAAAUCAAACAGUUCAGAAGACCUUGAGCUUUUAACAUUCAAUUGAUGUAGUUAUUUCAUGUCCCCUGAAAGUAGGAAAAUCCACCUAAUUUCAGUAUGCUUUAUUAGAAAAGGCAUUUAAUUUAUUUAUAAGAUUAAAAAAUAUAAAUUCUAUUUUUAUCCAUUUCAAGGUAUUCCUUUAAAAAUAAAUUGAAUUUCAGAAUUAAUUUUCAUGCUAUAAUGUCUUACAACAAUUAUUUUAAUUAUUUUACAACUAGUGCUCGUUAAAAUAUUUGUGUGUUUGUUUACACAUGCAGACAUCAAUUCUUUUUCUUUAAAGGUAUGAAGUUUACAACUGUACUGUUUGUUAAGUAAAAUAAUGUAUUAUGUAUUUUUGUUCAUGAGUUUUCCUUGGUUGUUACUUAGAAAGCCAGUUACAUGCUUUGCAACAGAAGUCGACAUAAUUUCCUCUAGUAUUGUGUAAUAUUACUGCAAACUUAAGUCUAUUCAGAUAUUAUGUCUUGAAUUCUUUUAAGGUUUAUAAUUUUCUUUAUAUUCUUUCAUUUUAUCCCUUUUCUUCCUUCUCUUUAUUCCCUUUUUUUUUACCAGUUUCUUUUUAAAUCCCUUUCUCUUGCAAGCAUCUUGUAUAUUUCUUAAGUAUGAUUGAUUUCCUCUACAACCAACAUUAUUGUAAAAUGUUAGUGCAGUGUAAAUUUGAUAAUAAACUAAAACCUUCAUUAAAUACAGCUGAUAAAAUUACAGUGUGCUUCUACUAAGUGAUGUCAGUGACCUUGGUAAAGUGCACCUGACUCUAGUGUUAUCCACAUCGUCAGCAUUUUUUCUAUUAUUUUGUAGCAAAUGGAGAUUGUAAGUGAAAAUAUGUACACACAAUUCAAAAGGUAACUUUACUGUCUCAAAAUCUGUGGGUGUUGUCUUUGGUCAAUUCCACUUAGGUGUUUGGUGAACUUGUGUUUUAUUUGAGUCUGGAGAAACUAAAGAAGUAAUCAGAGAAGGACAGGUGGCAAAACUUAGAUGUGCUGUCUUCUCUUUUACAAAGUCAUAGACUGGUGGAGCUGUGUUGGAUUUCAAAGAUACAUUUCGGUGCUGCUGUACUUAGGUCAUUAAGGCACCAAGUACCUCACCUUGCCUGCUGUGCAAGUGCAAAUCUUGCUUGCAAGGGCAUUUCCUGCAUCACCAGAAGAAGCCACGUAUAUGAAGUUUAUUCAGUGAUGUUGGAAAACAACACAUUUCAAUUGUUUAGCAACACAAAAAUACUGGUGGAAGUAAUGAUAAACUAGAAUAUAAUUGCCUUCUACUGACUACUUUAUGGAGGUGUAUGGUAUUUAUUAUUUUUCUACUGCUUUCCCAGGUCACCCUUAAAAGUUUUGUUACAUAGCACAUUGAAAGGGUGUUAUUUCAAGCUACACUACAUGUUAAAGUUAGCUAAUGCUAACUUUAACAGUAGUGUGACAGAGAUGAAACAGGUUUACUAUGCAUAUGGCAGAGAAGGUUUGUAAUUGCAGCCUAAUUAAAUUCGGAAUUGAAAGAUGAGAAGUAUUCCAAGAAAAUUCAAUUAAGCUGUUUACAAAAAAUAAAAAAAAAAAUCACGUGAAAUACUUAAUGUGAUUGGUUGCACAAGUGCUAAUUCAUUUUUAGGAUAUUGUACUGUUGCUGCUUAGGUUAAAAACAGAUCAGCUAAAUUACAUGUGUUCUUGCAUUGAUUUGUAUCACUGAAGAGAUAAAAAAAUCCAGUGUAUUUGAAAUAUUUAUUAUACAGCUGUUUUGUUUUUCUCUUUUAAAUAUCUCUGUGAUCUUUACUUGAAAAAUAAAUUUAUUAUUUCAUUUGGAAGGAGAGGCAAUUUGUAUGUAAAAUAUAUUCAAUUAUUUAUGAAAUGUUAAAAUAGUGUUACUGGGUUUUGAUCAACCAUUUUGUCAGGACACAGUUAUUAAACACUGAGUGUUGGCCAGCCUGAAAAAGAUCUUUUGAGGAGGAGGAGGGUUAACUGUGUACUAGAUGAAUAAAAAGAUUAAUGACUCUCCCACAGAGAGUCAAAAGUA